AUGCGUCAAUUAUUUUCAGAGAAUGCACAACGUUUUGAUAAAUAUCAUAUUAAAUUGGAAACAACUGAUGGCCCCAUAUUAUUCGAUUACUCUAAAAACAUAAUUAAUGAUGAGAUUUUAAAAGAAUUAUUUCAAUUAUGUCGUGAACGUAAAGUGGAAGAAUAUCGACGUAAAAUGUUUGAUGGCGAGAAAAUUAAUUUUACCGAAGGGCGUGCUGUUUUACACACAGCAUUACGUAAUCGUUCUCAUCAGAAAUCGAUUAAUGUUGAUGGUGCAGAUGUUAUGCCCGAUGUACACAGAGUAUUAGACCAAAUGAAAAAAUUUUCAAACUCGGUAAGAAAUGGUGAUUGGAAAGGAUAUACCAAUGAAGCGAUAAAAGAUAUUGUUAACAUUGGUAUUGGUGGAUCGGAUUUAGGACCAUUAAUGGUGACAGAAGCAUUAAAACCAUAUGGAAAAGAUGGUCCACAUGUUCAUUUUGUAUCUAAUAUCGAUGGUACACAUAUAAAUGAAGUAUUAGGCAAAUUACAACCAGAACAUACUCUAUUCAUCAUAGCGUCAAAAACAUUCACAACACAAGAAACAAUAACAAAUGCUGAAACAGCAAAAGAAUGGUUUCUUAAUAAAGCUGGUAAUAAACAACAUGUAGCGAAGCAUUUUGUGGCUUUAUCAACAAAUACAAAAUUGGUAACUGAAUUCGGUAUUGCCAAAGAAAAUAUGUUUGAGUUUUGGGAUUGGGUUGGUGGACGUUAUUCGCUUUGGUCAGCAAUUGGUUUGUCGAUUUCCUGUUCAAUUGGAUUUAAUAAUUUUGAACAAUUGUUGAAUGGUGCAUAUGAAAUGGAUCAACAUUUUCAAACUGAAAAAUUAGAAACAAAUGUGCCUGUUAUUAUGGCACUAUUAGGCAUAUGGUACAAUAAUUUUUUUGGUUCUGAAACUCAGGCUAUUUUACCGUACGAUCAAUAUAUGCAUCGUUUUGCUGCAUAUUUUCAACAAGGCGAUAUGGAAAGUAAUGGUAAAUAUCGCACUGAAAAUGGUGCUCAAGUUGAUUAUUCAACCGGUCCAAUAAUUUGGGGCGAGCCUGGCACAAAUGGUCAACAUGCAUUUUAUCAAUUAAUCCAUCAAGGUACGAAAUUGAUUCCAUGUGAUUUUAUUGCACCAAUUGAAACACACAAUCCCAUUCGUAAUCAUAUACACCAUAAAAUAUUAUUGGCCAAUUUCUUAGCACAAACCGAAGCAUUAAUGCUUGGUAAAACACAAAAAGAAGUUGAAGAUGAAUUUCAAAAAGAAGGACAAGAUAUAAAGAAUAAUGCACUAGUAUAUCAUAAAGUAUUUCGUGGUAAUCGUCCAACAAAUUCUAUCGUAUUAACCCGUAUAACACCUUUCACAUUAGGCUAUUUGAUUGCUCUUUAUGAACACAAAAUAUUUGUACAAGGUGCUAUUUGGAAUAUUAAUUCAUUUGAUCAAUUUGGGGUGGAAUUAGGCAAACAAUUGGCGAAAAUUAUUCUACCAGAAUUAGACAAAGUUAAACCUGUAACAACACACGACGCAUCAACAAAUGGAUUGUUAAAUUUCAUCAAUUCACAGAGAACAUGGGGACCAAGAAAGCCCAUAUUACUUCAAGCCCAUGACCGUUCGAUCACAAAAAUUCGUUACAAUCGUGAAGGCGAUUUAUUAUUUUCAUCUGGAAAAGAUAAAGUCCCAUCUGUUUGGUAUUCUGUUAAUGGUGAACGUUUAGGUUCUUAUAACGGUCAUAAUGGUACUGUUUGGUGUAUUGAUGUUAAUUGGGAUACAACCUAUUUUGUGUCAGCUGCAGCUGAUAGUACUGUAAAAUUAUGGGAUGUUCAAACAGGUCAAAUCAAAACAACUUAUGGACAUGAAACACCAUGCAGAACAUGUGCAUUUAGCUACGAUGGACAUAUGGUAUUGUAUUCUACUGAUGAAGCAAUGGGAAGACCAUGUGAAUUAUUUGUUGUUGAUAUUAGGAGUA